ACAAGCUGUUUAUGAUGCACAUCAUCAGACUGCCCACCUUUCACCAUAUAAAUAAUGCUCUCAACUCCAGCAGGCAACUCAUGACUCCAAACUAAAGUACACCGACUCAUUUUCCAAGGAGGUCGGCACCAUGAAGACUAUGAUAUUCAUUUUACUCCUCUCUCUGGGUCUCGUAUGUGCUUCAGAGCUCAUUAUCCCUUCAGAGAACAGGACUGGUGAUUCUUCCCAUGUUCAGGUUUACUCACGAAACCCCAAAUGUCCUGCGGGUUGGCAACAAUACGGUGAACGCUGCUUCAGGUUUAUCGACACUGCAAGGUCAUGGGCAGAGGCAGAGCGCUUCUGUUUACUGCAGGGAGGUAAUCUGGCGUCUGUGCACAGUCUUUCAGAAUAUUAUUUUAUUGAAGGACUAAUAGUGACAGUCACUCAUGGCACACCGUUGACUUGGAUUGGUGGUUCAGACGCCCAGCAGCAAGGACUCUGGCUCUGGAGUGAUGGAUCCCGAUUUUCAUUCGUCCACUGGAGCCCAGGCGAACCCAAUCACGGAGAUGAUGACCUGGUGUUCUGUUGGUGUCAAGGCAUUGAAAGACUCUCAGAGGUGGGCUACUGCAUGGCCAUGUCUCAGGUGUCCUCCAGCUGA